ACGCAUAUUGAAGUUGGUCCUAUAACAAACCAAAUACAAAUACAUACUAUCUUCCAACUUGUUUAUACGUAGACUUUUAAGUCGGAUAUCCACGUGUAUUGAUCAUGUCGGCGUAUCCACCGGGACUCAAUCCAGGGCAGCCACCACAACCAUGGAACCCUGGUAUGGGACCACCGCCUCCGAGUGAUCCCAGCCAGCUGCCACCGGCGUCCGACCAACCUCCACAAAACGUGCCUAAAAUCCCCGACUACCCAGAAAUACCGGGCUACGUGAGCGUUACGUUUGGAAAAGAUACCCCCGUGAAGCCUCCUCCCCAACCCCCUCCGCAAGGCAACCCGCCGCCGAUGACCUUCACCGAUUUGGCCAACUUGGACGAGGAGUCAUGCAGACAGGCAAUGUAUCAGUUUGUCAGCGAGCACUGUUGCUAUGGUAGCAAGCCAGCCAAAGAAAUGAAGAUCACCGACUUCAAGGGAAUCACGGCACUUCAUUAUAUCCUAGAGACGUUCGCGGAAGGACGCACGACGAUGAACGCCCAUACGCCAUACCUAGGCGGCCCCGUGGAUGGCCCGGAGAACGGACCCCCUCCCCUUCCCUGGACUAUCCCCUGCGAUCCUGACCAGAAGUUCCGCACUCAUAGCAAGAAGAUCGAGGUUCCGCAUACCUCUGUCGUCUGCGGCUGUACCGGAUGUGACCAGCGUGGCUGGAACUGGUGUUGGCGUUGCGGUGGUCGCGGUCGGGCGAAAUGCACCACGUGCGGUGGUGACGGCAGGGUCCAGCAAUAUGAUUCCCAGCAGCAACGCCAGGUGGCAGUCAUGUGCCACAGAUGCCAUGGUGAUGGACUUGCAUUGUGCAUGACAUGUGGUGGUGACGGUCGCGUCACGUGCAGCACGUGCCAGGGAUACCGGUUCGUCAGGUGCUACAUCCUGCUGACAGUUGCCUACACUAACCACAAAGAAGACUUCAUUCUGGAGACCUCCGAUAUGCCAGACGAGCUGGUCCGAAAUGUCUCAGGCACAAUUAUUUUCGAGGAUGUACAACCUAUGGUGUGGCCGAUCACCUCUUACCCCGUCCCAGAAAUUAACGCAAACUCGCAACGUCUCGUCAGCUCCCACCGUGGACAGUGGCCAAGCGAAAAGAUUCUCAGUCAGCGACAGACUCUUCGCGGGGUACCAGUAACGGAAGUGGCAUACACAUGGGAAGGCCAGUCUAUGCGGUACUGGGUGUACGGAAAGGAGCGCCGGGUCUACUGUCCGGACUACCCACACCAGUGCUGUUGGGGCUGCAGCAUCCUGUAACCCAGGGGCUGCAGAUGGACGCCCAACCCUCUGGCGUUUAUUUUGCUAAUUGUUUUCUUUAUUUCUCAAAGAAAUGACAAAGACAGUUUUCGUUAACAUAUCAACCUUAAGCUAACAUGUAUGGAACGACGCGUCUGUCUCCUGUUGACUAUUUAUAUAUCGGAGGUUUCAUUGAAAUGAUGUGGGUUUAAAUCAUAUAUGUGUUUAUACUAGUAUGUUGUGUGCUUGUGAUGGUAUGAUACGGGUGUGUGAUGGUAUACUGUGUGUUUGUGUAGCAUGCAAAACAAAAUCCACCGAUCACUUUGUCGUUUAGUAUAUGUGUUUUAUUAACUAAACAAACCUUGCAUCUCUGCAAAGAAAAUAAACAAAAAAUACGAACUAUUAUUAAAGCUUGACCUCAAUGUGUUUUUGAAAUGAUAUCUUGUCAUAUUCUAUGUAAAAAGUCACUUUUUUUAAUUUUAAAGUUCAAUCAUAAAGCAUGUUGUGUAUCUCUGCCAAAUAUAAAACUUGCUUAUAAAACAUAAAAUGCAGUUGUUGU